AUGGAGCCGUUAGACGCCCUCCAAUCGCUCAUCAACGAUGUGCUCGUACAAACUGGCAAAGCCCUGCGGGCCUCUCGCAGAGACGCUCAGGGGAAUCUGACGCAUGCUUAUGGGCCUACACAGUCAAAGCUGCCAGACACCAUCGAUCACUUCCACAAUGCGCUCAACGAGCUGGAAAGUGAAAUUGAAAAGAAGAAGAAGCUUUUGGCUCGGCCCACACCUCAGCCCGUCGAGGCGCAAGCAAAGCGACCUCCAAACAUGGAUCUGCCCUCACCGCCAGAGCCCAUUUUCAAGGACGAACCCAUGGCAGAGGACGCAGACGUGAAGCCCAUGGCGCCAUUCCCCAACAUGAGCAUCGAUCUUGCCGAAGCCGAACCCAUGGACAUGUCCAUCAAGGAACCCAAUGGCCAGCAAUUGCAGCAGCAGCAGCAACCGCCUCCUCCAGGCGGUAUGAACGGGUUGAACGGAACGGCUAGUCCAGGGGAUAAGAAGCCAACUGCAGAUAUGCUCCCUGAACCUUCCGCAUCAAACCAACCACCAGUGUUACCAGAGGGUUCGGGGAUGCAUUUUACCGACAUGGAGUUUACCCUUGCGCCGCCGCCGGGUAGCGAGGUUCCCGGGCAGCCCAGCGCCUCCAAAGAGCCAUCCUUCGACCUGACUACCUUUGCACCGGCCGAUGGCGGCGACGACCUUUUGAAUCUCAACCACCUUCUACCCGCUGACCCCAGCAGUUCGGCUGCACAGGCCAACCCAGGCCAGGUAAAGAUGGAGAACGUCAAGGUGGAGGUGCCCGACGCAACGAUGAACACGGACUUCUUUGGCCCAGAGUCCGGGGCCGCCGACGGGAUGGACUUUGACUUUAGCAUUGGCGGCACGGGGGACGAUACUUUUGACGACCUUAUGAACAACCGCGACAGCACUUUUGAGCUGAUGGAUGCGGGGGGUGACUUUGACACGGCGUUUUUCGGGCUUGAUAAGCCGGACGAGAAUCCUGCGUGA